AUGGCCUUUCUAUCACUACUCCUCAAAGGGAUUGUAGCGCCGAUUCUUGCACUUACAGUAUACAUUCUAUUCAACGACUUGUUGAGAUGGAAAAGCCGAAUCAAUGGCCUAAAGGGCCCUAAAGGUCUUCCGCUUAUUGGAAAUCUACUUGAUAUCAACAGGACAUUCUCCGCUGAGAAAUACAGACAAUGGUCUCUGGAAUACGGUCCAGUCUACCAAGUCCAACUAGGCAACUCCCCCGUUGUCAUCGUCAACGAAACAGAGGAGGCAAAGGCCCUGCUUCUCAACCAGAGCUCUGCAUUCAUUUCCAGACCUGUCUUUCACGUCUUGCACAAGGUUGUCAGCAAGAACGUCGCGAGUAUUGGCACGUCUCCUUGGAACGAGAGUUGCAAAUCGCGGAGGAAGGUUGCUGCAGGGGCGCUGAACCGGCCGAAGGUUCAGUCGUAUGAGCCUAUUAUAUUGAGAGAAACCGAUGACUUUAUCAAGGCUCUGGCUUUGGAAUCGUCAGGCGGUGCUGUCGAUGCCGAUUUCACGGCUGCAGUUCAUCGUCUCUCGUUGAACACGGUGAUGACCCUGAACUAUGGGAUACGAAUCGCAAAAACAACCGAUCUCAAAGACGACGCCUUCUACGCCGAAGUCGUCGAAGUCGAAAACGAGAUAUCAAAGCUCCGCUCAACAUCCAGGAACCUAGCAAAUUACAUCCCCCUUCUUCGCUUCCUUGAGCCCAUCUUCUGGAGAAAGUCCGCUGCCCACUCUGCUGCGGUUGGGAACCGUCGGGUCGCGUAUAACAAUGAACUCCUCCGCCGGUUGCAAGAUGCGGUUAAUCGCGAUGCCGAAGUGCCCUGUAUCCAGGGUAAUGUCUUGCGGGACCCUGAGGCCGUCGGUCUAUCCAAUAAUGAGCUUCUCAGUAUCAGCUUCAGUAUGAUGGCAGGCGCAGAUAGCACGCAGCCAACAAUCGGCUGGGCUUUCCUAUUACUCGCCCACCGGCAAGAUAUCCAGGCUCUUGCAUUCAAUGAGUUACAGAAAGCUACAGGAUCCAACUAUGACCCGGCGGAAACGAAAGACGUCGACUAUAUCCUGGCCCUGGUCAAGGAAGUGCUCCGUUUCUAUACGCCCUUACCGUUAUCCAUGCCGCGAGAAACCACCGCUCCUGUUCAGUAUAAAGACGCCGUAAUACCCUCUGGAACCAUGGUUUUCUUGAAUGCGUGGGCUUGUAACCACGACCCAACUCUCUUCUCAAACCCCUGGGAAUUCAACCCCGAGCGAUGGCUAGACAACUCCGAAAAACACGCGCACCAAUUCGCGUUCGGAUACGGGUCCCGGAUGUGUGUAGCCUCGCAUUUAGCCACGCGGCUGGUCUAUACAGUGCUGUACCAUACCAUUGCCAAUUUCGAGAUUCAUCCUGCGUCGGACGCAGCUGAGGAUGAAGUGGAUGCUGUCAAAGGGAUCAAGGAUCCUACUGCGUUGAGUGCUAAUCCAAGGGGGAGUAGGGCUCGGUUUGUUACUCGGGAGACAGGGGCCGAUCUAAAUUCAAAAAGCUGA